AUGGAAUGCCACAUCUGUUUUUCUGUUCUCCCAUCAAUUGAUCAAACCGUCGAAUGUGGAGGGGACAGUUCCUGCGACGUCUGGUCUCCCCCACAACAGGAGGGCGAAUGGAAUCGGAAGGACAAGAUAUUCACCAAAGGCAACAAGGAGGCGUGCUUCGCUGUUCACCUAGAGAGGAUCCCCCUGUUCCACAUCGCCACCACUGUUGGGCCCUGCGCCAUCCUGGUGGUGCUGAUGACCAUCACCUUCAUCAUGCCCAUAGACAAGGGAGACCGGAUCUCCUUCGGAGUGACCAUCCAACUCUCCAUGGUCGUAUCUCUCGUUUUUGUCACCGAGGUACUUCCUGUCAAGGGGGAACUGCCAUUUUUGGCCACUCUGAUUGUCGUGUGCAUGGGGCUGAUGGGACUUUUCCUGUUCUUCACCAUGUACAUCAUCACCAUUCACGACAAGAAGGGGAGUCUGUCUCCAAUGGCGAAGACUGUCUUUCUUCACUACAUUGCAAAGUUCCUGCUGCUCGGAGACCUCACAGAGAAGGAUGCUGCGAACGAAGAUGGAGAGCCUGGCCUGACCGUCAGGACGCUGGCCUAUCGUGAACGGACCGACCGCGACGUCCCUGCCGAUGGCAUGGCGGAGGUCGACGGGAAAAGCCCGGCUGCUCUUUCCGAGACAAUCCGGCAUCUGUCCGAACCGCUCACACGCAUGGAAGCAGCGAUGUCCUCCGGUUUUAGGGACCUGAUCCGCGUCAUUAAGGACCAGGCAGUGAAGGACGAACAGGAGAUAUCUGACUACACCCUGUUGGCCAGGGUCCUGGACAGGCUAUGCCUCGUUCUGUACGUCAUCAGCAUUGCCGUGGCCGUGCCUAUGACCAUGCGUCUGGGCUCGUAA